CGGACAGGAGUCUCCAGUGAAGACGUUUGAGGAGACUACAGCCAUGCUCAGGUUUCUUGUUUUAACCUCUCUUGCAGCCCUCGUGCUGGCUGAGCUGGAGCCCCAGCCCAGGUACCUGGAGGACGCCAGGGCUGAGGAGAGAGUUGUGGGAGGUGAGGUGGUCAGACCCAACUCCUGGCCUUGGCAGAUCUCACUUCAGUACAAAUCUGGCUCCAGCUUCUACCAUACCUGUGGAGGAACCCUGAUCAGGAGAGGAUGGGUCAUGACCGCUGCCCACUGUGUAGACAGAUCCAUGACUUGGCGUGUUGUUCUUGGAGAUCACAACAUCAAUGCCCAAGAGGGCACAGAGCAGUACAUGAGCGUGUACAGUGUCUACAUCCACCCCUACUGGAACUCCAACAACGUGGCUGCAGGCUAUGACAUUGCUCUCCUGCGUCUGGCCUCUGAUGCUACUCUCAACAAUUACGUCCAGCUAGGCUCUCUGCCUCCCUCCGGUCAGAUCCUGCCCCACAACCACGUCUGCUACAUCAGUGGAUGGGGACGCACCCAGACUGGAGGUCAGCUGUCUGCUCAGCUGAAGCAGGCCUACCUGCCUGUUGUGGACUACAACACCUGCUCCAGCUCUGGAUGGUGGGGCAGCACUGUGAAGAACUCCAUGGUCUGUGCUGGUGGCAGCAAUGAGGCUGGUUGCCAGGGUGAUUCCGGUGGCCCCUUGAACUGCAAUGUCAAUGGCCAGUGGGUUGUCCACGGUGUGACCAGCUUUGUGUCCGCGUAUGGCUGCAACACCUACAUGAAACCCACCGUCUUCACCCGCGUCUCUGCCUACAUCAGCUGGAUGAACAGCAUCAUGGGUUGAGAAGGACGAUCUCCAUGGAGACAAGAGGAAAGUCUGAACUCAUCUCAGUUUCUGCUCAACUCAGUCAGAAUAAAAUAUCCUAUAAUGUG